UGAAGUUGUGUCAUAAGUGUUAUGACAUGAUUAGGAAGUAGUUAGGAAUUAGUUAUUUGUUUCGGGAAUAGGGUAAAGUUUUAAUUAGCGACAAGUGACGUGACAGAUCUUUUAAAAAGGAGAACGCUCUAAACGACGCUAGAAGGAGGACGCUUAUUGUAAAGUAGUAGACUUGAGUACGACAUUAUUGACAUCGGACGAUUCCCUUUUGAGUAUUAAACAUAUUGUUAGAACAACAUAUCAGCGUCGACUACAUAUUUGAUUGUUUCGGCCUUUCGCCGGUGUUACUGAAGUGUUGAGUCCAGCGUUACCUACAGUUAGAUCUACACUAGACAGAUUGUCAAGAAUCAACACCGCGCAGAGGUCUUAACAACGUGGCGACCCCAGACUCGGAGCUCACUGGCAGCAACAUUCAGAAGGAUAGAAGCCCUCUGUUAGGAGGAGGCAGAAGUUACGUCAUCGGCCUAGUCUGCAGCUAGACCCUGAUUAUACAGCCACGUCGGCGAAGGAAAGCCAGUGAGAUCCUGGACUCGUAGACCUAGGAGGUAACGAAAUAUAGAUCUAGAUCUACAUUUGUAAUUUGUAAACGCCCAUACGUUGGGGCAUCGUAUUGAAGCCUGUAGUUCGGUAUCGAGAAGGCUACAGUUUUGCUGAAGGGAAGAAAACCGUCCUGUCGAAGCCGUACUGAAGAGAUAUCGCCUGCCCGGCAUCUUGAGAACGAACGUGAAGGUCACCUCUGCAAGGCCAAGAUCGACCGUUGAGGUCACGCCCGCCAAAGAACUUUUGACGUAGGAGCCAUCUUACUGCCUACGGCACGGAAGUACAGUAGUGCUAAUUUGAUCUACGUCUCGGCUGAAUCGGUGCUACACGUCAGAUAGCCAGAUAGCCGUUAUUCUAGCACUGGACUUUGACUUUGUCGCUGUGUCAACUGUUGGACCGUUCCAGUUUCACUUUGGACAGACGACCACCUGGAACCACCGUACCUGCCUUGGAACCAGCAACCGGAACCAGACUCUACGUCACCGACGAACCGGAGCCAGACGACAGAUCACCGUGAACCAGAACCAGACGCCGUACCACCGAAGAACCGGAGCCGUUGCAGACCAGCACCGAAGGACCUUGGAGAGCCGAAACGUUCGCUGUCCUUAUCUCACCGCUAGAGAAGACAUCGCCGUGAACCUUGCCGCCUGGACAGACAGUAGCGUAGGAAGAGUGGACCCGAGACUGACUGUGGAGUUAUCGCAGCUUCUUAGACAGAUAAGUCAAGUGUUAUUUAACUACUUUCUCCUUAGAUUAAUUAGAGUCUGUAGGGAAGUGACCACUCGCUAGAUUAUCACUACCAGGUUAAAUCGUGGUGGAUUGGGGAUAUCCUUAAAAUUAGGUGUAAUCUAGCAAGAGGUCCAGAUAUACGUUUAGCUGGUAAUUCGUCCUGUAUGUGAAUGUGAAUCAUUUAGUUAAGUUUUUUUGAGUAACGUCAUGUAUUAAUUGUUUGCAAUACUCCUGUCUUAAGUCUUACUGUCAGACGAAAGUCUCAUUCAUUAGAACUAGAUCUAUAGUUUGGUGUUUAUCGUAUUUAGGUUAAUUUUCAUAGUUUAGUUGUAUGAGUAAGUUAUAUACACUCCUGGCUGUGAAAGCAGGUAAGAAGUAACUAAGAUCUAGCGUAAUCUAGACUAGAUCUGGGGAACAAUCGAGGUGAAGCCUGAUUGCCCAUUUGUAAAUUUUAGUAGUUGUAAAUAGACAGGUUGGUCUAUUUACCGGCGACUCGUGUGAGUAACACGUAGUCGGCUGAGUGUGCGUGUGUCGCACAGCGUAUUCAGGCGGGUCAGAGUGUAGCCUACACACUGGUACCAAGGAUACUAAGUGUAUCUUGGAAAGUACAGAAGUUAUUAUAAGUCGGAUUUGGUAGUCUAGACGCCGAGGGUAGAGUGGCGAAUUUAAUUUAUUUGAAUCAAGAGGUAUUAGGUAGCCGCGGAGCGAGGUUACGCUCAAAAGGUAAUUUGAUUUAUAGAACAUAGGUAAUAGAAGCUAUUAGGCCUGUGUGUAAGAUAAUUUAAAAAAAAAAAAAAGCGAGGUAAAGUAACAAAGGUAAUAUGGCAACUACUUCAGGUUACGACCUGGAAGAAUUUAGAAAAAAACUAAUUCAUGAAGCUAAGACAGAACUAGAACUGCGCGGCAAAGAACUAACUGCCUAUGUACAGCAGAUGGUGGCGGCAGAAGCAGAACGCUUGGAGAGAGAGAAAGCUAGAGGCAGAGAAAAAGAAAAAGAAGAAGCAGAUCGCAUAGAGCGGGAAAAGGUUAGAGAGACAGAAAAGUUGGAGAGGGAAAAGGUUAGAGAGGCAGAAAAGUUGGAGAGGGAAAAGGUUAGAGAGGCGGAACGUGUAGAGAGGGAGAAAAAAGAAGAGGCGGAACGCAUCGAGAGGGAGAAAAAAGAAGAGGCGGACAGAAAAGUGAGAAUUCAAGUAGAACAGAUGAGGAUAGAGGCUGGUAUAAGCGUGCCCACCGAAGGAAACAGCAACAAUAGCGCCAACAUAGAAAGCCAUAGUAGCGCCGCAUGGACGAAGAAGAAAAUCCAACCUUUUGCGGAAGACAAGGACGACAUCGGCGACUAUCUGAAACGCUUUGAAAUUAAACUUGCAAAGUUUAAUGUUCAGGAGAAGGAGUGGUCCGAAAUCUUGUUGGACUUCGUACAUGGGAAAGCCCUCACGAUUUGCCAAAACCACGACCACUCCAUGCAAAACAGCUAUCAGGUGCUAAAGAAGGAACUGCUAAACGCAUACGGGCACAACGCGGAAACAUUCCGAAAGAAGUAUUACGAAAACACUCCAUCCAGCCAAGUUGAUCCGCAGACAACCAUCAACUCAGAGAAAGACUUCUUCACUAAAUGGCUCGCAUUCGAGAAUGUAGAGAACACCUACGAGGGGUUGAAGAACUUCAUUCUGAUUGAUAACUUUAUCAAUAAGUGCGACCCUCAGCUACAGUCCUUUGUAAAAGAAAGAAACCCGAAGGUAAUUGAAGACUUGGUAGAAAUUAUUAGGAUCUUUAAGAAUGCUUACCCAAACAACCCACUUUCAGUUAGCGACCACAAAAAAGUUAUUGACCUGGUAAAUUAUGUAAAGAGAAAUGAUGUUAGUGAUAGGGAUUAUUGUAGGAGAAAUGAUAGGUCCAGGGAACGUGGGAACAAUGGUCGGGAUAGUUAUGAUGGCAUAAAGGAUAGAUCCUGGGAAAAUGAAAACAAGGGCAGGGAAAGUUAUGAUAGGAGAAUAGAUAGACCUAAAGCGGAUGAUAGAAACUUUAGGGAUGUUACAUGUUUUAACUGUCAGGAAAAGGGACACAUGGCAUACCAGUGUAAGAAACAUAGAGGGAAUGGAGCUGGCAAUAGAAAUGCACAGGGUAAUAGUGGCACUAGUGAUAGGAGAGGUAAUCGAGAAAACCGUAGACAAGAGAGGGAUAAUCGGCCACCGGAUAGGGUUAAUUUUGUAAGGAGCAUCCAAGACAGGGAUCGUGAUAGUGGACAUGGUGAACCAGAUGAAGAAAUUAAUUACGUUGAUUGUGGGGAAGAUAGGUUUAAACUAUAUCCAGGCAUGAUAAAUAAUAAACAGGUAAAUGUGAUCCGGGACACAGCUAGCAGUACACUCGCAGUUCGAGGGGGAUUAGUGAAAUCUAAGGAUUAUUUAGGCUAUACCAAAUCAGUCAGGUUGGCAGACGGCGCAGUUAAGAGAUUCGAAGCGUGCAAAGUGUUCCUUCGAUCUCCAUUAUACACAGGGUAUUGCGAAGGGGUAGCCAUGCCGAGGUUAUCUAGAGAUGUUUUACUUGGAAAUGUAGCAGGUGUCAGCGCCGCUUCUGACAAACAGGUUAGAAGUUGGAAAAGCAGGUAUGGCAACAUGAGGCGAAAUAAACCUAGAAAUGACAGAAUUUGUUUUAACUGCCAUAAACAUGGGCACAUCGCUAAAGACUGUUGGAGUAGGGCAGAACAGUCUGAGCAGAAGAUUGCGAGUUCGGAUAGGAGGCGCAGGUCUGUAUCCGGUAGUGAUGAUAGAAGAGAUGACUGUGGUAGCGGUAAUCGCAAGUCAUACCGAGGUAGAAGGCCACAAGCGGGCUAUAGUGGUGUAAGAAGAGAUGUUAACUCCAGUUGGAGAGAACAAAUGUAUGAGUCGUGUAGAUAGCCUGUGAAACAUAGCACUAUGAGACUGUAGUGUGUAAAUAAGUUGGAUUUUAUUUAAUUGCUUAUUCUUAAUUAAUUGACUUAACUAGUAGUCAUAACGAGAUGGGUAUUAGGUUGUUUAAUGUAUCUUUGAAUAGUAUAUUUAUGUUAUAAUAUACAUGUAAUUUGGUUAUCAUUAGAUUGACUCAUGUUAAUUGUGUAAUUUCGGGUAGUAUGUAUGCAUUGCAUGUAUGUGUGUAUGAAUAGAAAGGGCAUUUAUAAGGCGACGAUGGAGUUACAUCAAGGAAAAGUAAGUUUUAUAAUUUAUUCUUUGUAUUUGAUCAUGAUCAUACAUCAGUAAAGCGUUAGGUCGUGUGGGGACAAGUAAGUGGAGAGAGGAAAUAAAAUACACUUGUAGAUGCCCGAAAGAACGUUAGGUGUAUAGUGGGAGAACGAGCAUUGAUAAAUGUCAAUUUGUCAUACUAGGUAAAUUGUCUGUCCUGACGUGUGAGGGAAAGCGGUGUAACCUCUGGAACGUAAUGUGAUGAAGUAUAGAUAGACACACCUGUAGUGUCAGCGCAAACGAACGAUGUCUGCGGUCACCUAUGGCACAUCACAGUGGACAGUAUCAGUUAGUGACACUGGAGGGAAAUAUGUGUUCAGAGGAACUUGAUUGUGGACACAGAAAGAGAAGUUGAAAUCGCAAUCAAGACUCAAGUUGUGUUGUCUUUUAUGUUUCCCUACAUUUUGGCCCUUGCACAUUGUAAGACUAAGACAGUAGAUUAAAAAAUUGACAGGCAAUUUUUUUUAGCGGGAGGGGGAGGAGUUGUUAUGACAUGAUUAGGAAGUAGUUAGGAAUUAGUUAUUUGUUUCGGGAAUAGGGUAAAGUUUUAAUUAGCGACAAGUGACGUGACAGAUCUUUUAAAAAGGAGAACGCUCUAAACGACGCUAGAAGGAGGACGCUUAUUGUAAAGUAGUAGACUUGAGUACGACAUUAUUGACAUCGGACGAUUCCCUUUUGAGUAUUAAACAUAUUGUUAGAACAACA